GUAGCGGACUACAGGUUCUCCGGUCGGGACAGCCUUAUUUUCUUAGUCGAUGCCUCCAAGGCCAUGUUUGAGUCCAACGGGGAUGAAAUGACUCCUUUUGACAUGACCCUCCAGUGCAUCCGGACAGUGUAUACCAGCAAAAUUAUUAGUAGUGACAGGGACCUGUUAAGCAUCGUGUUCUAUGGUACAGAAAAUAACAAGAACUCAGCAGAUUUCAAGCACAUCUAUGUUCUUCAGGAGCUGGACAAUCCAGGUGCAAAGCGUGUUCUAGAGCUGGACCAAUACAGGGGAGACGAGGGACGAGUGCUUUUCCGCAACACCUUCGGUCACAACGCUGACUAUUCGCUGGGUGAAGCGCUCUGGGCCUGCUCUAACCUCUUCAGUGAUGUUCGGGUCAGACUGAGCCACAAGAGGAUCAUGCUCUUCACCAACGAGGAUGACCCCCAUGGCAAUGACAGUGCUAAAGCCAAGCUGGCCAGGACCAGGGCUGGUGAUCUGAGAGACACAGGUAUCAUCCUGGACUUGAUGCACUUGAAGAAGCCUGGAGGGUUCGAUAUCUCUUUGUUCUACAGGGAUAUCAUAAACACAGCAGACGAUGAGGACCUUGGGAUCCAACCUGAGGCGUCAGAGAAAUUGGAACAUCUCAUGAAGAAAGUACGAGCAAAGGAGACAAAAAAACGGACUUUAGUCAGGUUAAAUCUCUAUCUGAACAAAGAUCUCUCACUUGCUGUUGGUGUUUACAACCUUGUCCAAAAAGCUUAUAAGCCAUAUCCGGUGAAGCUUUAUCGAGAAACUAAUGAACCGGUUAAAACAAAAACAAGGACAUUUAAUGGAAAAACGGGCAGCUUGCUCCUGCCUAGUGACACAAAAAGGGCUCAGACGUAUGGGAACCGCCAGAUUGUGCUGGAGAAAGAGGAAACGGAAGAAUUAAAGCGGUUUGAUUCUCCAGGCUUGUUUCUGAUGGGCUUCAAACCACUUUCAAUGCUAAAACAACACCACCAUAUCAAGCCCUCCCAGUUCAUCUAUCCAGAGGAGUCACUAGUAAGUGGGAGCACGACGCUAUUUAAUGCCUUAUUGAUGAAGUGCUUGGAGAAGGAGGUGAUGGCGCUGUGCAGAUACACCGCCCGCCGGAACACUCCCCCUCGCUUUGUGGCUCUAGUUCCUCAGGAGGAAGAGGUGGAUGAGCAGAAAGUGCAAAUUGCCCCUCCAGGUUUCCACAUAAUUUUCCUACCCUAUGCAGAUGACAAACGGAAUGUUGAUUUCACGGAAAAGGUGCCAGCCAGUCGAGAGCAGGUGGACAAAAUGAAGGAAAUAAUUCAAAAACUCCGAUUCAAGUACAGGAGUGACAGCUUUGAGAACCCAGUUUUGCAGCAGCACUUCAGGAAUCUAGAGGCUUUGGCGCUGGAUAUGGUGGAACCAGAACAAGCUGAGGAUCUUACAAUGCCAAAGGCUGAAGAGAUGAACCGCAGGCUGGGCAACCUGGUAGAGGAGUUCAAGCAGCUGGUUUAUCCCCCUGACUACAAUCCUGAUGGGAAGGCUGUAAAGCGAAAACAAACUUCUGAUGGUCAGACUGAGAAGAGGCCCAAGGUGGAAGUCUCAAAAGAUGAACUGCGGAGUCAUGUGCAGAAGGGCACUCUAGGCAAGCUCACGGUACCUGUUCUGAAGGACGCGUGCAGGCUUUACGGGCUGAAGGGUGGCGGGAAGAAGCAGGAGCUCGUGGAUGCUCUAACCGAAUACUUUAACGAGCACUGAGCAGGAGCGGAAGGCCCUGGUUGACUCCCGUCUGCUUUAAAUUUUGGUU